AAUAGGCUACUUGAUGAGGACUACCAUAGUGAAGAGUCCUAGCUAGUAGAGCUAAUCUAGUUAGCUAGUCUACGCUAAAUAACUUCUGUCUUAACCUAGCACGCUUGCUCAAACACUAGCUAGUCUAGUAGUUUAACUGAAGUGCUCAACUGAGCUAGGUUAAAUUGAAUGUCUUACAUAUGUUCAUAGAUUACGAUUAAAAACACAGAACUGGAACCUUGUUUGGACCAAAAUGGAAAGUCUUCUUGUGAAAGACAGCCCGUUGUUGUUGCCUUUCAACAAGGACAAGACGGCAUAUGAUGGAUUUGUCACUGUGCAGGGAAGAGACUUUAGAAUACGAAUACUUCUUCCAUCAAAUCAUCAACUUAAAUAUGCCAAACUUCACUGCUGCUGGCAGUUGAAACGGCUUCUACAUGGAUAUCGACACAUCGUAAAGCAGAGGCUACACCGCUCUGCUGAUUUAGUCAGCUUCAUAUUGGAACUGAAGACCGUUUUGGAGGUUGCGCUGAAGAACCAUGUGGAAUAUUGCUCUAUCCCCCCUCCACAAUACUACUCUCAACUCAUCUCAGAGAUAGAGGCCCUGGGCUGGGAAAAGCUGUUGUCCAUCGACACGGAGUUCUGUACGUUAAAACUUAGAGCGGAGGACUCGUCUGGGCGACUGCAUGACGUCACAGUGAAACUGAAGCCCAAGCAUCCUGCAGAGCCUCCAGAGUGCUAUGCUGACCUGCCUUUACCACUGACCAUCACCUGGACACCACAGAGUACUCUAGGGCAUGUCCAUGCUCAGUUCCUGCUGGUGCUGGAGUCUCUGGCUGAGUUCUGGAAGGUUCUGGAUGAGAUUGAUGAGAAGACUUGGGUUCUAGAACCAGAAAAACCCUGUAGAGCGGACACAAUGAGGCGGAUUGCGAUUGGGAACAACGUGUCCAUCAAGGUGGAGCUGGACCCCAAGCACCCCAAGACUCUGCCGGACUGCUGCCUGCUAGGAGCAGACCACGUGGUGACCCCCCUGCGGAAACAAUUGAAUGGCAACAUGCAUUUAUGGAAUCCGGAUUUCAGUGUGUUGCAAAAUCUGCAGGAUGUUUUGGAGAUAGAAUUCCCAUCACCUUCCACCCACGAAAAAUCUAGCUUCAGUAUGGAGUGUGGAAUCUGUUAUUCGUACCGCCUGGAAUCGGCCAUUCCGGAUCAGAUGUGCAACGAUCCAAGAUGUGGUCAACCCUUCCACCAGGCCUGUCUGUAUGAGUGGCUACGAGGGCUACCGUCCAGUCGACAAAGCUUCCACAUCGUGUUCGGAGAGUGCCCCUACUGCAGCAAGCCUAUCACUGUGAAGAUGGCCACACAGAAAGCCUAAGGACAAGACUAUUGACUUCUUGAUUAGAUGGGGUGGGCAGACUGGCUACUAAUAAAAAAAAGAAUCACUUUAAUCCUUCAGUCUGCUGGUUAGUGCAGGAGAAUAGAGUGCAAAUCAUUGUGUCUCAGUGCAAGUAGAAAGGCAAGCAAGAUGAAGACAAGCCCUGCAGCACAGUAGAUCCUGGAGGACCAGGAACCCUCCGGUUGAAGGGCUUGUGUCUCUCUGUCACCAUGGUCGCUGUCACCGUCGUCAUCAUUGUACUGUUGCUUGUAGCCUCUGUUGUCUGUGUGGCUGUAUCUUCGAUUCACCCAUCUCUGGUCAUCACCCUCGUCACCCCUGGGAUCUUCCUCCCCGUACGAAGGCUCCUCCCAGGGCCUGUGUGUUUGACCAGAGCGACCAGUCUGUGUCAGGCUGGGUCUCCUGCUGUAGUAGGCUUCCUGGUCCCACCUGCUGGUUGUCUUGGCAGGUGAGGCUAGUGGAGCAUGGCGAGGCAGCCGGGGGUUGACUUGUGGUCCUGAGGUCACGGUGAGGUCAAAGUCUUCAGCUGAUUUUUCCUGGACUGGUUUUUUGUUUUUUGUUCUGCUUUUCUGUUGACAAUUGUAAUUUAUAGUUGCCGUAUGGUUACUACAUUGAGUAAGAGUUGUUGAAUGCAUUCUCUUAAUUAUGAGACUUUUCAAUAAACUUGGGCUUGGAAAAAAGGA